CGGAUGGUUUGCAGGUGAGCGGCAUCCAAUGAAGAGUGAGGUUGAGAGAGAUGGGGCAUGUAUGUGGCUGUAACACGAUGCAUCUCGGGAAUCUAAACUGGAGAUAGUUCCCGGAGCUGAGGUGUAGGAAGCUUCAGUGGGGGAGCCGUUGCUGCCAAGACCUGGCUGCAGUGGUUCGAUGCGCUAAAACCCUGGACCAAGCCCUUCGCCGUUGAGCUCAACCCCGGCAAUCAUUCACCAGCGCCCCUGUCACCGCAACAACCAAAACAUCGAAACUCCAUCUCGCAUCCUUCUCAAAACAAAGAGAAGAGAGCAAGCGCAUCGUCAUAUCGAGACCAGCAUGGGACAUCUUUACUCUGGGAUCAUAUCCUGAGGAUAUCCAUACCAUUUCCACCCCGUCCACGCCAGCCAUGUCCCUUGUUCCCUACCACGAGCGCGAAGGUCGCGAGAUUGUUCUCCGUCACCACAACGCCAUCGUCGUCCGCGACCCCACCUCGCAGCGUCUCGAGAUCCGCGGCCUCGAACUGACAAAAUGUCCCACCUGCCACCAAAGCCUGCGAACAUCAUCCCCCGAGAGGCGCUUUGAGCCCACGACGAGCCAUGAAACCUACGUCAAUCCCGAUUACUUUCGCAUGCUGCGCGCCGGCCAGUAUCGACGGAACCACACGCAGCCUCUCCCGCCACCGUCGAGUCCUAUCCGGCGGUUGGUCGAACCGUUUCCGGCCUCGGUGUCUGAUGAAGACGGGAGCGAGCUUGGACGGCAAGACGCCGAGUCUGUGAGGAGCUCACCGGCGCCUCACCAGGGCGGCGGCCGCAUUCGACGAGAGGCGUUCAGCCCGAAUUACUUUAAUACUUUCUUUAUCGAGGAGCGAGAGCUUGGCCGAGGUGGCAAGGGAGUUGUCUUGCUUGUGCGGCACGAGAUUGACGGCUGCUUUCUGGGAGAGUUUGCCUGCAAAAGGGUGCCAGUGGGAGAUGACCACGCCUGGCUUGAAAAGGUGUUGGUAGAGGUUGAGCUGCUUGCGAAGCUCUCCCAUCCCAACCUUGUCUCCUACCGGCACGUCUGGCUUGAGGAUUAUCAGACCAGCCAGUUUGCGCCUGUAGUUGCGUGCGCAUUCAUCCUGCAGCAAUACUGCAAUGGCGGCGAUCUGCUGCACUACGUCAUUGGCGACAUGCCGAGGGAGGCCACGAAGGAGCAGCUCAAGGCCCAGAUGCGCCGUCGCUCCAAGGGCCAGACAGAACGUCCCAAGAUGCAGCGUCGCUUGCCCCCUGAGGAGAUUUACUCGCUCUUCAAGGAUAUUACGUCCGGCUUGGCCUAUCUGCAUGCUGCAAACUACAUCCACCGCGACCUGAAACCUAGUAACUGUCUGCUGCAUCGCGAGGGGGCUCAUUUGGUUUGCCUGAUUAGCGACUUUGGGGAAGUCCAACCGGAAAAUGCGGUUCGUAAGUCGACCGGUUCGACGGGUACGAUCUCGUACUGCGCGCCGGAGGUUCUCAAAAAGGAUGUCACGGGGAGGUACGGAAACUUUACCACCAAGUCGGACAUCUUUUCGUUGGGGAUGAUUCUGUACUUCAUGUGCUUUGGCAGGUUGCCCUACCACUUUGCCAACGCGGUGAAUGAGGAGUUGGAGGAUAUCGACCAGCUCCGCGCCGAGAUUACGGACUGGAAGGGGUUUCACGAUGAGCGGAGAGAGCGGCCGGAUCUGCCGCACAAGCUGUAUCAGUUACUUCAGAAGCUUCUAGCGGUUAAUCCGCUCGAGCGGCCUACUGCUAGCGAGGUGCUUGGUGCGAUGAAGGGGGAGAUGCCGUUGGAUGGGGUGAACGGGAUGCGUGGGGGGAGGAACAACUCGGACGGGAUGGGGGGGCAUAGGAUUCAGAAUUUGGAGGAGCCGGGUCUGAUGAGGCCGGAGGGGACGAAGCAGGCGAGGGUGAAUUCUCUUACGGAGGAGGAUGAUUUUGCUGCUGUUUCGCAGACGACUUCGGCGGUUUCACUUUUGCAGAAGAGGAUGAUGAGGGCUCCGAGGCAUAGAGGGUCGGGCGGGGAGUUGACUUUGGGGGCCAGGAGGAGUGAUGAUGAUUCGCCGGAGGGGGAGGCGGCGGCGAGCAUUACCACGCCUUUGUUGAUGCCGCCGCCUACUACUGCGCUGGAGAGGGUGAGGAAUGGGGCUAUGCUAGCGCAGUGGAGGGUGAGGAGGUGGGGGGGGGAGAAUGAGGUUCUGCUGAGGGUGGGGGUGUUUGUGGGGAAGAUGGUGAGUCUGAGUUGGGUUUGUUGGCCUUACAGUUCUUCUGUGGUGGUGAUGGGGUUGUUGGUGGGGAUGGCGACGGUGGAUUUGGUUGGGCUUAGCCAGGGGAGGGGGGAUAGGGAGGGAGAUGGGGGUGGGGUUGUUGGGGGGGAGGGAGAGGGAGCCGAUGAUGGGGGUGGUAGUCCUGUUGUCAUUAGGGUUGGACCUGAUGGUAGUCCGAGGGUUGUACACCCGGUUGGUGGUGGUGUAAGGAACUCGGGCUGGAUGGUAGGAAGGAGGAGGAGUUGGGUGUUGCUCGGGGCGCACUUUAUUGUGUUAUGGGUUGCGUCCCGUGCUGCGGUCCUUUGUGCGGCGGCGGUGCCGAUUGUGAGGAGGGGUGAUGAGGAAUGGGAGGGUUGGUUGUGAUCGGAUCUUGAGGUAUCCGAACAUUGGGUCCACUUUAGUAUGAUGUUGAUGACAGACGAAAAGGCCAGAGAUCAGAAGCGGGCGGGAUAAGGUUUCGGAUUUACACCAGACGGGCUGGGACAUGGGAUGGCAUUAAUGUUAUAGAACGGGUAGGUGGGAAGGUAAUUAUCUUUUGAGCGAGUAAAUUUGAGUGCUCAAAAGGGAGUCAGUUGACCAGUUUCUUAGGAGUGCUUUUGGGUGGUUUCAAUAUCUUAGGGGGGGUGGGUGUAUACGAAGGGUUUGGUAUGGCGUUUAUCGGACACAAGUGGAUGGCUGACCUGGAUGAGCGCGGGCUGUAUGAAUGGAUGGCCCGUGGGGAUCUGCCUGGGUACCUAUGGUCAUCAUCGUCGCCCUAGCUCGAGGAGAACUGUCAAAUAGCAAUGUAUGCUAGUGAUGAUAGGUGUUCAUCGCUACUAGGUUAUCUACUGGCAACGCCUCGUUACAAAGUAAUAGUAGUUCUUGCACAGACGACUCCGUCAUGUCGGCACCUCGGGAGUCGGGAAGGGGUAUAAUGAGGAACUGUUACCAACCUACCCACCUGUCCGAUAUCCAUGGCACAGACGGUAUAGCAUUGAGGGGAAUGAAAGGGGUGGAGCAGCAGACGAGAGAAGUGAGGGGUAUGGUCAAGUUGUGUGUGUGUGUGUGUUUGUGUGUGACUAGGACCUGGCAUGUGGUUUGGUGAUGGUGUUGGGAGGAAAGUGGUGAGCCAUACAUACCUACUGCUGGCCGUGGAGGAUGACUAUGUUGAAUAAGGCGUGUUAUCAAAACCCUGGGUAGGUAUGAUUAGUCUGCUUUCGACUAUGGGGUCCUACGCCACGAAGUCAAAAGCAGAGGCAUGCCCACCUUGGCCCCCUCUUUCUUCACGACUUCGACUCUUGUCCACGACUUUCUUGAACCACUUGUCAGUUCCACUACCUCCCCGUGUCCGGCUUGUGCCCGCAUUGGCUCUUUGCGAGUGCGGCAGCAAAAAAAAAAAAAAAAAAAAAAAGUUUCCACAUUCCACGACUGCCACUUACCUCACCUGCUUUUUGCGGCUCAGUUACCGUGUCAUCAAGUCCGGAACUUGGAAAUAGAGACGACAGCAAAUCUUUGCUUACCUACCUUAUCAGAUAUCUUUAUCCCCACCUACCUACCUACGUAUAUACAAGUUGAUUUGUCCUGUUGUUUUGGCAGAUCACAGGACGCAAGUGUAAAAUACCUACUACUACCUGCCCUGGGAGAAUGUGCACCCUUAGAAUCAUCAUUCACCACCGCUGCGGGCAUAGGAUUACGAGUUUGUGUGAGAGCUGCGAAAAUGUCGAGUGUGGUGGUGUGAAUGGCAGGGUUGAAGAGGUUGUGUCGAAUAAAUACCCCUGUGCUGUGGGUGGGUGUCCUUAUUGGGGGAGGUUUGAUUAGCUUGGUGAGG